AAGAUCGACGUUCAACACUUCGGAGAUGUUCUCGCCUUCCCUAGUGAAUCGUUCUAUCAGAUAGGUCCUUCCGUCGGGGUACCUACAGAGCUCAGGCACUCCAGGACAGACGAAGCUUUCGUUGUACUGAAGAUUCAGGAACAUCGGCAUGUCGAUGGCCAGUUGGUUCAGAGCCAGGGAGGCGUAUCUAGCUGGCAACGCUGUGGACACUGCUGCUAGCCAAUAUGGUAGACCCUUAAGGCUCCUGAUGGCGCCAGACGCCACCACGAGGGAUGCUAGCGUCAUGUAUAAAACCGUAAUGGCGCCUGUCACCGGCUUCCCAACCACCAUCAUCACUGCUACGGUCACCUGUUCGGCUGCCACAUAGCUGGCCCAUAAUACACCGGACGCGUAGGCCCAGGAAGAUAGCUCUAGUUCUAGGAUGGGUAUUAGGAUGCCUAUGGUGAUCAUGGAAGACAAGAAGCUGAGAGGCAGGCUCAGCAACGCGUAUGCUGUUAGGAACAUGGCGCCACCGUAGAGGCCUUCCCUUUUUUCCUGGUAGUAUCUGGCACGAUAUCCUGGAACUGAAGACUUUAUUAUUAACACCAACUUAGUUACACCUAAUUAACGAAGGUACUCACAGAGUAGAGCUGUGGAGGCAAUUCCAGCAACGUAGAACAACGUCAGCACGUUGAAGGUCAAGCCACCAGUCUGCAAGAAUAUUCUAGACUGUACCGGCGUGGAAUGGGAGUACAGAAUGCUCAUCAAUGCCACAGAGAAUGGCAGCAACAACAGCCUAGUGGCGAAGUGUCCCAGGCCCGAUUUGUUGAACGCGAAUGUUGCCGCCAUGCCUCUCCUAGAACAUUCAUACGCUGUAAUGACUAUAGCAAAAGCAUUACGAAGACUCGUCCAAAUGAUCGCUCACAAAUAGAGGGCAAGCAGAGUGGAGAAGCAACCAGGCUUGAUCCCCCGACCCAAGCCUUUGUGCAUGAUGCCGAGAGGCGUGUCCUUCAUGUUAGGCGGCACUUGAGGAGCCUCCUUCAUGUAGAUGACACCCUCUGCCUUGAACUUGUCGACCAGCACUGAUAUCUGCUGAUUGGACUCCAGGAACCGGUCCCUGGAGCGACGGUCGACCGUGGACAGGCACACUGUACAUUCAAUUUUCGGUUUUGCUCUUCGUUAGCUAGCCUUCUUUCUCGAAUUAUACUUACGGUAAUACAUCAGAGGGUUCUCCAACUCUGGGCAAGGGAAUCCAAUGUAAGUGAAGUAAUCCAACAUGCUUCUAGUGGGUCCAGAGUAGACCACAGCACCCAGACACAGCAGGGUCACUCGACUCACAAAUGGGAGGACGUCUGAUCUAGGUGUCUCCAUAGUGAGGACUACGAUCGACCCUCUUCUGGUAGCGUAGGACCAGAGCAUGGAGACAAUUAGAUACGUGUUCAGAGGGUCUGUGUCCCAUGUUGGCUCAUCGAGGAGCAACAGUGUAGGAUCCUUAGCCAGCUGAACCCCCAGCAUGAGCCUUCUGUACUCCGGUUUCGUCAAGUCAUUGACUGACCUGUUGGCAACCUGAGAGAGUGCCAGGUCUGCCAGAGUCUGUCUGACCCUGGCCUCCCUGUUGCUCAAGUUGGCCAACCAGAUGGCAUAGGUCAGAGUCUGUCGAACUGUCAGACUGGGCAGCAGGUGGCAUCUGUGGGCUACGUAUCCCCCGUGGCGUCUGAAUAGCUCCGGUGUCAGCAGGUUAUUGUUCAGAGUGACUCUGCCUCUUGUUUCCCCCUCUGCCCUCCCAGCUGAAAGAGAUCCGAAGUUGUUCAGCAGUCCAACACCACAAACAUGUUCUGCCUAUUACCAAUGACAUCCAGCAGAGCCCUCUUGCCCGACCCCUUGGAACCCAAGAUGGCUAGAACCUCUCCGCCGUGGACUCUAGCAGACACAUCCCUGAGCACCGCAGUCGGCUCCGUCUUGCUCACACAGCUACCUUCUAUCACCACCGCUGUCGAGUGGUACACGUUCGCUAUGUCCAAGGUGCAGUCCGACGGUAUCAUCUUCCCGAAUUCACAUUGAUCACACGGAAUGUCAAUUGGGAACUCACUCCACCAUUCGAACGACUCCUCUCGUUGAAACUAAGGGGACGCGGGAUCAACUGGACAGCUAGGUGUUCGUGGUAGCGACACGCCAGCCAUUGCAGCUAGAAGGUAGCCAUCGGCAACGAUACCUGGACUUGGGAGUUGGCUCCGUGAGGUGAAUGUCUCCUCUCCGGACAGAGAUUGGUGGGAGGUCGAAGGUACACACCAUCGGCGGGUAGCGCAACGACGUGCCUAGUUCGCAGAACCCUCCGCACUUCAAGGGUUCAUCACAGAUGCUCCUUUAAAUGAAUCUUACUGCAAAAAUGUUGUACUUCGACUUGAGGGCAUCAAAUGUGCAACUUGUAGAGACAAGAUGGACAUCUUCUGGCACUUUUCCUGUUCCUUAAGCUUCUUUUUUGAAGAAGCUUUCGUUCCUGAAAGCUGAAGUUGAGUACUCCACGAUAGCUAAAAGUAGCGUACCAGUUAGAAGGCCGUAAGUUUGGGUAGCGAUUUUUAAAAUGAAGGCCAAGUUAGUGCAACUUUGACUGAUCUUGGGGGCCAACUGCGCGAUGAUCAGGGGCCCAUGGUGCAGGUGGGCGCACCACUGCGAACUUGAAAGACAUAGCGCUGCCUGGGAAGGGGCCUGGCCUAGAGGGGGGGUUCGGGCCCUCGGAAGGCACGUCUGUCAGAGAGGGCAGCGUUCAGAAAAGGCUCCAUGCGAGUCAGCAAGCGUCGCACAUACCGAUCCGUUGUCUGUCGCGGUGUCAGUAGCCGCGGAUCGAGUGAUGCGUCCGCUAGAGACGGUUUCCGUGGCGUUAAACCGAGUGCACCGCUUGGGACGCGUUGAUUCGACCACGAAGCGCGAUUAGAACAGCCGAGGGCCACGAAGGAGGACCGGUGGAUAUCGGAUCAUGGAGGACCAGCAUCGUUACCUUGACUCGACGAGCCUCGGUUGAAAGCUCAUCGUGAACGCCGCCGACGCAGGAAACCAUGGGCUCAGAGGCGUGGGAGCUGGAACGGAGAUACUCGGUCCCUGGAGCCUUAGAUACCAGGGGAUUGGAGCCGCCUGCUAGCGAAGACCUGCACGCCUGGUCCAUUUACAGGCAAAACCUGAACUCGGACUUCACGGAUUCGGCGCUGGGGUCCGCGGAGAAGUCGCCCCUGCCUUACGGCAACUUCCAGCUGCGGGACUCGACGGUGCAGAGCAUCCUCAGGCACCCCAGAUACGGGCCCAAGAGUCCUCUAGCCAGCAACUCCUAUACUUACUUGAAGUUUGGUCUGCCGAGGGUGCUGCCUCCUAGCGCGCGCAACCGGGACGGGUCUAGCGGUUACGAUUCCAGCGAGGAGGGUCGCAGAGUGUCCCACGCAGGUACUUCGGGUCAUGGGACCUCGGCCAUGCGAUCUGCGAGGAGCGACCCUGACUUCAGGCACGUUCACGCUGUGCCGAGGGAGCAUGCUCAUUCUCAGCUGACGGUUUCCAGAGAGAAUCCGAGGUUGAGAAGUGCCAGCGAAGCUAAUCUGCUCCAGGGAGGGCCUAGGAACAACCGGAGGCACAGCAUAGCACCCAUAGACCCCGGUUACGGGGUCCACGAGCCUAGAGGCCAUGGUAUGCUCGGGCCGGAGGGCUACUCCAUGCCUCUGAGACCUGUGCCCUGUCUGCAGCAUCCUCAUCUUCAGCUGAGAGGCGUGGAAGCUUCCGGAAGCGAUGGGUUGCCGCUUCUCAGGGGGAUCACCUUGGAGGCGGGCGCCACCGAGGUCCUGGCUAUCAUGGCGACCACCGAGAAGGAGGGCAAGCAUAUAGUGGAGACCAUCGCUGGCCGGAAGAGGAUUAAACGGGGGGACAUCUUGCUGAAUGGGAAGUCUGUGUCCUCGCGUUCCUUAAGGUCCCGCGUCGCCUAUCUGUCUACAGAGAGCGGCCUGAGUCCCGGUCUAACAGCUCAGCAGACCCUCAGCUUCUACAUGCUGCUGAGGGGCGGCCCCAAUACGUCCCAGCUGGAGGCCGACGCCGUUCUUCAAGAAUUGGGCCUGGAGGCAACGAAACACUGUCUAGUGAACUCAUUGACGACUUCGGAGGCAAGGAGACUGGCCCUAGCCUGCCGCCUGCUACAGGACUCCCAUGUCCUGGCGCUGGACAGACCCACGCACGGUUUGGACAUCUUCGACGCGUUCUUCCUGGUCGAGUAUCUGAGACAGUGGGCUCACAGGGGCCAGAGACUAGUGGUUCUAACCUUGCAUCCGCCCACCUACGAGAUCCUGACAAUGGUCUCGAGAGUGGCGCUGACUUCCGGUGGCAGGAUCAUGUACUCCGGUCUCAGGCGGGAUAUGUUGCCAUAUUUUGCGCUCGCCGAGUUCCCUUGCCCCCCUUUCAAGAACCCCUCUGACUAUUAUUUGGACUUGGUGACGUUGGACGACCUAUCGGCCGAAGCGAUGCUAGAGUCCUCUCAGAGGAUAGACCACCUAGCGGAAUUAGCCAGGACUAGGCUGCCUCCGCUGACCGAUCCUGGACCACCGGGCGCAUUACCCCCUUCUAUCUCGAGCCCUAACAUUUUUAUGCAGAUCUAUGCGUUGUUGCUGAGGACGCUGAUCUACAGCCAGCCCUGGACGCUGACCAGACUGUUGAAAAAAAUCGUGGUCUCGGCGUCGCUCAGCAUUCUACUCGGUGCAAUAUUCUGGGACGUCGCUGGGGACUCUAAUCUGUACCUGAGGGACAGGGUGGGCUUUCACUAUGCCAGCCUAGGCAUAUUCUUCUGGCCCCUGUGCAUGAUCGCCAUCUGCGAGGUGGCGGACUGCAGGCCCAACGUGGAGAGAGACAUCAAAGAUGGCCUCUAUGGCAGAUUCAUCUACAUCCUGACAGAGCUGCUUUGUGGAGCAGUGUCUUGGUGCAUAGUCUAUCUAAUCUACCUGGCACCUGGCUACGCCAUGUCUGGACUCCACCUGGUGCCCGACGAAACCUUGAUCUCUCUGUGGAAUUAUCUGAGUAUCGGCUUGCUGUAUCUCAUCCUGCAGCACUUCAUUUGCAUCCUGUUUGCUCACACAUGCAAGUGGAUCUACCUAGCUUCCCUAUUUUCGGGAAUCGUGAUAGGGGAGAUGACACUAGCUGGUGGGGUCACCCUGCAUCUGGAGAACCUGCCAGGCUGGUACCAGAAGAUCAGCCCGAUGCAGUGGUCCCUGUCUCUGCUGCUGCCCUCUCUUCAUCAGCCUGAGGUCAUGAACAAGCUGAACAACUGCAAGCUGAAACAGAUCCAGAGGCAGGACAUCAUCGUCCAGGCCGCCUGUGAACCACCGGAUGGUGCUCUAGCAUUAUACGAGAUCGCUUUGGACAAGUUCAACGUGCAAGGAGAGUUGUGGUUGGGGAUAGGAAUAGCCAUAGUUAGCGUACUGAUAAUCAUAGUGUUCUUGUGUAUCAGGUAUACAACUCCUAAGAGACUUAGAAGCGCGCCGAACAAGCCAUAAAAUGCAAACUGUUGAACGAACGGACGGACGCAUCUGUACCGAACCUAAUCGCCCCAUCGAGUCUCAAAGGACAACCCUAUCUUUUUUAGCUGACCGACAAAGUUGCAGUCCGGCGAGUGCAAUAAUGUUGAAUAGGAACGUAUCGAGCGCGCGCCAUUUUGUACCGUGCGAUGCUCGUUGGUCCCGAUCUUGUUGUCUACAUUGUUGCGACUUUUUGAAGCGACAGGCUUCAGGAACUCGCAAAGUAGACUCGUGCAAUAAUGUUCCGAGACUCGGCUGGCCAUUGUACCGCUUCAACGACAACGAAACCUAGUAGAGUAAUCUGCAUUUAUCACGCUAUAAUCAAACCAUCAACGAGAAGUGUUCUUACGAAAUAAAAGCCAAGACAUCUAC